CUUUUGUGAAAUUAGCAAUAUAACUAUUGAGGAAAUUGCUAGAUCAUGUUCUAAUUUAAAAUAUCUUAAUCUGAGAGGGUGUUAUAAAGUUAGCAAAGAAGCCGUAGAUCAGCUUAUUUCACUUAAUCCGAAUAUCUAUGUCGAAAAUUUCGUGUGUACUAUAACCCCUCCUAAUCUUAUUGGAGCAGUUAGAAAUUAUCUUAUACAACCCAACGUUGCUAAUAACCGAAUUUUAGCUCGGCGCCUUCAAAGACUAAAUUUGCGGUUGUAUUCCGAUCCAUGGUUGACUAGAUCAACAGUCCGGA